AGCCUCACGGGGCUCGCUGUUUCUUUCUUUAAACCAGCUAGCUGUAUUUUUAUUGUAUACGUGGAAAUAAUGCGUAGUUUCUGCACGCGGAGAUUUCGAUAUCGCUGUAAGCUAGAUGUAAAUCACAGUCUAUAGCGGGGGUGUCAAACAUAGGGCACGGGGGCCAAAAUCUGACGGCAAAGACUCCGAUGUCAUACCAAAAAGUGAUUUUUGCUAUUUACAUGUUUGUUAUUUGUUUUGUUUUUUCGUUGUUUAAAUAUUGUUUAUACAGCUAAACAGGUAUUGUGAUAUAUGAAAUAAAGAGGUGGCCAGUUUUUGCAAGCAUCAUUAUGACUCUGCUUUAUUGUCCCCACUCCGUGUUUGACAUUGUUAUCAGCCCAGUCUAUUUUAUUUCUUAAAAUAUCUCUACAGAACUUUUAUGUUUUGCCGCCAGCUUGUCCAAGUCUCUCUUGAGACUGUUUACCUGGAUAAAUAAAGAUGUAUAAAAGUCACAACAGGCAACAACUGAUUGCAGCUUCUGAAUUUUUAAUCUCAUUGUGUCUUGACAUCAUUUAUGUUUAACAGAUUAUCAACAAAUCGUAUACAAAAGUUUUUUUGUAUAAGUUUUACAGCUUUUCCUGCUGAUAAAGACCUUUCCCCCUUGGCUGUUCAUUAUGGCGCCAUUAAUAAAAAUAAUACUAAUAAUAAUUAUAAUGACAAAUAAUAAGUUAAAAAGUUCUAGUUAAACAAUUAAAUGACAGCAAAAUUCCUGUUUUUUCUCUCUCUACAGCAGGAUUUCAUUGUCAUGUAGAAAACCUGAGAUGUACUGUUGGAAUUGCACUUCUUUUCCUCAAUUUAUUUCAGGAAUUAAAUGCGUAGUUAAACUUUGUUACACUAAAAAAAAAAGGGCGAUAAACCCUUAAUUCUGAUUUAUACAGGCUGAUAGACUACUUCAGUCAUUUUGGCUGUAAAACUAAAAAAAAAUAUCACUGAGGAGUUACUAUAAUGUGAAGUGCACAUGGUAAAAUCUAUGCAGCGCUGAUUUCACCAUGUGCUGAUCAGGCAGCAGUGCCUUGCGACUGUCUUGUGUUACAAUGACACACCGAAUGUCCCCGUAAAGCUCGUCUUUUUUCUGAAAUGGUUUGAAUUUUGUCUGUAGCAUGAAGGGUAAUAAGGUUAAAGAGAGCAUGUAAAGAAAAGGUUAAGAUGUGAGCCAUGAUGUAAAAUUAGUUUGGCAUCAUUGACCUAUUGUGUGUGUGAAUGUGUGUGUGAAUGGGUGGAUGACUGGAUAUGUAAAGCCCUUAGGGACUAGUAAAGCUCUAUAUAAAUACAGGCCAUUUACCAUUUAUUAGUCUUAGUGUUAGCCUAAAGUUUUGGCCUUCUUAUAUAUAAAUAAUGAUGCUUGUUUACUUCAUUUGAACCCUUGUUAUACUAAUAGGCUGCUGUACAGCUCAGUCUGUAUAUGAUCUUCAUCGAUUCUGCAGAACGAGGCAGAAAGUGUUUUCUGUACCCAACAUAUAUUUUUUUUCUGCAUUUGCUCUCUUACCUUCUGUUAAUUAGAAACAUAGGUGAGCUGUGAUUAAUGUUUAAUAUUUAAUUACCAAGAAGCGUUUCAGUUGAAAUGUAGAAGUAUUUGCAAUGAAAAUGUUUCACAGCAGCUAAAUCUAUUCAUGCGUGGUUAUUCUGGCCGUAUCCUGCAUGUUGUCUGUUUUCUACUAAGCUGGUUUGUAGCUGACUUUGGUCUAGACACGCAUUAUCAUAAAUCUUGGCAGUCUGCGGGCCCACCCAGUCAUUCUAACAGCAAACAUGUUUACUUAGGGUGGUUAACAUAUUGCAGGAUGAAUCAGUGCCAAGAAACUGGUCAAACGGAGACCCAGGAGGAGGUGACGGAACUGGUGUGUCAGGAGGCUGAUCUCAAAGAUGGACAAAUGAAAGAAGUAACUGUGGGGGAUCAGAAGGUGCUGCUAGUCCGCAGCGAGGGUCAGUACAGCGCGGUUGGAGGCAGGUGCUCUCAUUACGGUGCACCUCUGAUCAAGGGGACACUGGUUGGUGACAGAGUGAGAUGUCCUUUUCAUGGUGCGUGCUUCAAUGUCAGGAAUGGAGAUAUUGAGGAUUAUCCAGGUCUGGACAGUCUGCCCUGCUACAAGGUCAAAGUUGAAGACGGCAAGGUGUACGUUUCAAUCAACAAAAAAUCUCUGACCGUAACCAAACGGGUGAAAGAGAUGUGCAGUGUGGUGCCGGACGUCAAACAUACUAUUCUGCUCAUAGGAGGAGGCCCCGCCUCUCUGGUCUGCACUGAGACGCUUCGGCAAAAUUGCUACCAGGGUCGCAUCAUCAUCAUAACUAAAGACUCCGUGCCUCCAUUUGAUAAACCCAAACUGAGCAAGGCUCUGAAUGUGGAGAGCAGCAGCAUCCUUCUCCGGCCAGAUGACUUUUAUCAACGAUACGGGAUGGAGAUGUGGACAAAGAAAGAGGUGGUGUCAGUAAAUCCAGCCAAGAAGGAAGUGAAAAUGAGUGAUGGCACUCUGCAGCGUUACGACCAGCUCCUCAUCGCAACAGGCUGCAGGGCACGGCCGCUCACCUGUCCUGGUUCAGACCUGGAAGGAGUAAAGUUACUGCAGAGUUACGAAGACGCCAAAGACAUUUACAGCUCCAGCCUUGGCCAGAAAGUAGUUGUUACCGGAGCGUCUUUCAUAGGUAUGGAGGUGGCGUCCUACUUUUCAGACAAAGCUGCCAGUGUGGCUAUGGUUGGCACUACUCAAUACCCGUUUGAGCGCACUCUGGGGUCAGAGAUCGGCCAGCUGAGUAUGCAAAUGUUGGAAGAAAAAAAUGUGAAGUUCCACAUGAACGAUCGAGUCACCGAGAUCAGAGGAGAGAAUGGGAAGGUGAAGCAGGUGGUGUUGAAGAGUGGUGUAGUCCUGGAGGCUGAUGUUGUGAUUGCUGGCAUUGGUGUAAUCCCCAAUUCAGACUUACUGGCAGGAAGCGAGGUGGAAGUGGAUUCAAGGAAAGCUGUGAUUGUUGACAAGUUCAUGAGGACCAACGUACCAGAUAUUUUUGCCGCUGGAGAUGUUACCUCUUUCCCUCUGACCAUUCGAGGCGACCAGAGGGUCAGCAUUGGUCACUGGCAAAUGUCACACGCUCACGGAAGAGUAGCAGCUCUGAAUAUGCUGAAGAAAUCCACAAAAAUCGAGUCUGUUCCUUUCUUCUGGACUGUUUUGCUUGGGAAGAGUAUCCGAUACGCCGGCUAUGGGGAAGGAUACACAGAAAUUAUAUUCAAAGGCAAAAUGGAAGAAAGGAAAUUUCUGGCUUUCUACAUAAAGGAUGAUGUGGUGGUGGCAGCGGCCAGCCUGAUGUUCGAUCCUGCCGUGGCUCGCAUCGCAGAGCUGAUGGCUAGAGGCCAAAUCUUAACAAAAGCACAGGCUCAAGCUGAAGACCUGAGCUGGCUGCAGAUAUAACCAGGAUUUACGCCUCUCAGCGAUGAGUGAUGUCAUCUCUUGCUUUGGUUUUCUCUCCUUCUGUCUGACAUGACAUCAAUUAAUCCACUUUCUGCCUCAGGCUGCCUGGAAACCAGCCAGCCUCUCUUAUCUGCUCUUAUUAAAGAGCCCUGUUACUAUAGUAGCAGUCACAGCUUUAUUGAAUUCUCUCUUUGUGCACACUGAUCUCUUUAAUUAGUUUAUUUUUAUGUUUUUCUGGUUGCUUUACUAAAGGUGUGAUGUCUUAGGAAAGUACAGUCUGUAGUUAAGGUUAGCAGGCAACAUUAAAUUGUGACAAGAAAAAUCCCCCACACAUCUACUCCACCAGCAGCCUGAAUCCCUGGGACAAGACAUGAGGGAUCUGCGCUUUCAUGUUGUUUACGCUAAAUUCUGACCCAUCUAAACCUCGCAACAGAAAUCAUCAGACCAGGCAACAUUUUACAUUCUCUUGUCCAUUUUUGAUGAGCCGUGUAAACUGAAGCUUCAGUUUCCUUUUCUCAGCUGACAGGAGUGCCACCCAGUGUGGUCCUCUGCUGCUGUAGCCCAUCUGCAUCAGGGUUUGAGAUACUGUGCUCCCAGAGAUGCUUUUCUAGAUAUCUUGAUUGUAACCAAUGGUUAUUUGUUACUGUUACCUUCAGCUUCAGAUUGAAGCUGUCUGGUCAUUCUCUUCCAACAUGAACGAGGCAUUUUUACGCUGAGUACUCACUGGAUAUGUUCUCUUUUUUUAGACCGUUCUCUGUAAACCCUCGAGAUUUCUAUGUGGGAAAAUCCCAGCAGAUCAGCAGCUUCUGAAAUACUCAGACCAGCCAGUUUGGCACCAACAAUCUCAUCACAUUCAAAGUCACUUAAAGCAGCUUUCUUUCACAUUCAGACACUAAGUUUGAACAUCAAGAGAUAACCAGCUGCUGUGAUGUGAUUGGAUGAUUCAAUAUUUGUACAGUUGAGCAGGUGUACCUAACAAAGUGGCCACUGAGUGCAUUUAGAUGUUUUUAUGAGCUGAAAAUGUUAAGACUUUAUCAAAUUUCUCAGUUACUUAAAUGUCUUUCAUUUCAUACUAUACACUCAAAACUUCUUAAACACACACGUCACUACACUUCACAUGAGAAUACAACAUUUACAUUUACAAAACACUUUAAAAUACUGCCCAUGAAAGAUAAAUAAGAUAAAAAGUUUGUUUUUGACCUCUUUUCUUUAUGUGUACUGUAGUGCCUUAAUACAUUAUACAACAGAGUUGUAGCUCAUGUAUUCCUUAUGAUAUGAGAAAGUGUGCGGCAUCUUUAAACAUGUUUUAGUUCCUUAAAAUAAACAACUCCUUUAUGGUGGUAAAGAUGUUAAACAUGUGCGACACUUUUCUGUUUCAACAGCCCUGAAUGUUUACGUCAUUUCGUAUUUAACACUGUCAGCAGCUGCUCGUCAUGCAUCCACUUCAGUACCUGAAUGUUGCUGUUUAAAUCCCCUAUAAUGCAGUCGUUUUAUUAUGCUGUUGUAAAAUUCCAUGUCAAAUAUUAAACACUGGUUAUUAUGUCAUUAA